ACUAACAGAUGUUUUAGCUAUCGAUUAACUAGUAAUUAUAGGAAACUAAUUGAAUUUUCAAGCCAAUUACAUGUCAUUAAUGUAAAAAUAAAUUUGUUUGUCCAACUCUAAUGGCUCAUAACAACAGACAUUGCGCGAUGGAGAACCAAACAUUGAUAACAAACGCUUCGUCGUUUUUUAGUGCAUUUCUAUGUUUUAAAAAGUAAAAAAAAAAAAAAACAACAUAUGUUCAAAUUCAUCAACAAUCGUGCGAACAAGUUGUCUGCAGGCGGACGUAGUGCGCAUUUUAUUUAUUCCGCCUAGAUCCAGUCGCAGGAACUUCACAUUCCGUUGAAACGUUAUACUCUCUUUCGUUCGCCGCCUUUCGCCGGUAACAACAACAACAACAACACCUACAACAACUAGAGCAGCAAAAAUCUGCCCGCCAAUAGCUAAAAUUAACGCAAAUCCGCUGAAAAGUACAACCAGUUGGACGCACUCCUCCGUUUCUUAGCCAUUCAGACAUGGACCACGCUCACCACAAUACCGGCGGUGUUGAUCACUCGAUGAUGCACCACGAUCAUCCUGGGAUGCACCACGACCACAUGAGUGCCGCAGUUGCCACAGCAACCACAGAGGAUCCAGCUGCGAUAUUGGCGCCGCUCUUCACCGGCACCUCGGAUGUCCUCCAGGCGGCGGCAGAUGUCCAUGCUGGCCACCAUGCCGGACACCAUGGCGGCUCCGGCACCGGCAUGGAACACAUGAUGCCCAUGGCGUUCCACUUUGGUUAUAAUGAGACGAUCUUGUUCUCCUGGUGGCACAUUGAAACGGUGGCCGGUCUGGUGGGCUCCAUGAUUGCCAUCUUUGUGCUGGCACUGCUCUACGAGGGCCUCAAAUACUACCGGGAGUACCUGUUCUGGAAGACGUACAACCUGCUGGAGUAUCGACCGGUGACGGGGCCGCAACGGAAUCCGGAGGCGCCACGACUUCCCUCGCCAGCAGCCGCCGCACCCUCGCCCGUGCAAUACGUGGGCGAAGUUGUGCACAAGCAACCACCAUCGAUGUUGUCGUUCAACCACCUGCUGCAAACCCUCCUGCAUGUCCUGCAGGUGACGCUCUCCUUCCUCCUGAUGCUGAUCUUCAUGACCUACAACGUGUGGCUCUGCCUGAUGGUCGUCCUGGGCGCCGGCGUCGGUUACUUUCUGUUCUGCUGGAAGAAGUCGGUGAUUGUCGAUGUGACGGAGCACUGUCACUAGCAGAGGACCACAACCAGAACCAGAACCAGAACCAGAACCAGGGACCCAGGACCCGAUGAAGCAGGCUCAAGUAGCGGUAGCAGGAACCUGAACCUCAGCCGGCGAUGUCUGACCUCGGAGGAGGAGGAGGAGCACGAGGUGACGGCUGCUAUCUAGACGGCGGCAGUGUUGGGAUUCCCCCGGAACUUCUCCACCCACAAAAUCAUCCCUACCCCCCCUCCCAUUUUUUUUCUCUGCUACUCCAUAGACAUCUCUAGAAAUUAGAAAAGGAAUCCGGAUAUGACUAAUUUUUAGGCCGAAAGUGUUGUAGAAGCUUUUAGGGAAUUAUUUGUAACGAAAGGAAUGCAAUAUUUGAUCCUUCAGGAAGACAACAAAAAUACAAUGCAAGGAUAUAUUAUUAUUUUUUUUUGGUUCAACUCGCAGGACUCCACGACUCUACACUCCCAAAAGCAAAUACCUGUUUUUUUAAAUCACAAUUAUAACAUUUUGUAUCCUUAUUAUAUAUAUAUGAUUAUGAUGAUUAUUAUUAUUAUUACUAUUAUUAUUUUUUGGUAAUAAAAUCCAAUUUUUUUUUA